UUUUCGACGAUAUGCAAAAUUCAUUAGAAAACGAAUCCUAUGUUCUUACAAGCUUUCAUCGCCGAUGACGACAUUAGUUCGAGCUUAUCCUAUGGGACGCUAUCAAUAUCGAAUAAUUCUCAUAUUUAUCAUAUUCGCGAUUUUCUAUAUAUUACUGAUAAUAAUAUCACAAAUCUAAGAUUUAUGCAGCCUUACGGAAAAUCGCUUCAAAUUUAUGAAUUCCACGAAUCAUAUAUAAUUGUAAAAGGUUUCUUGAAAAUUCCAUUCAAAAAAUUGAGAUCCAUAUUUUACAACUUAUUAAAUAACAAGUCAGGUUACAUACCUAAAGUUAAUGUCAUUCUGCAAAAUUGUCAGAAUAAUAGCACAAUCUUUAGCUUUCCUAACUUUAAAACCCCUUUAGGAAAAACUAUUUACAUUGAUCAACCAUGUGUUUUUGAUUAUGUGUUAGUUAAAGGAAUUUAUAAUCUAGUUAUCUCCAACGAAAAUUCGACAAUUUUUAUAAAAAAUCUACCCUUACAUCCUUCCAAUAAUGUAGACACUUCCAACCUAUUCAUAGAUUUAAUAUAUACCGUUAUUCAAUACAAUAAAGGCACACUUAGUUACAGUUUGAUCAUGUUCGAGAUACCACUUAAAGACAUGAAGCUGGCGUUGAAUUAUUGGGGAAAUUUUAAUAUUUCUGAAAAUAUGGAAAUGGAAACAAGGGUGAACUUUGACUUAUCUGCUAUUUGCUCUAUUAUCCUUUUAAAUAUCGAUAACGGUUUAGAAUUUUAUAUUAACCUAGGAAUGAAUCACUAUGCAAUCAUUCAACAAAAAAAUUUAACGUUGACUCUAAAAAUUUAUCAUUACAAUGGCACUGUAGAAAAUCUAUCCAAAAAUGAUUUCGUAAUUUAUGGGAUAACAUGUAGAGAACUCAAUUUGUUAGAAGACGUAAACACAAUUAUAAACGUGAGCAUUUCUUCUACUUGGAAUAUUACGAAGCGUUUGUAUACUUAUAAUAUUUAUAAUUAAAUGAU